AAUUCAAUACAAUAAUGGCAUCAUCAUCGGAGAACUUUCUGCCAAACGAUCCAUGGACCCACCGGCCGCCGUUUUCCGACUCCUGGAUUUCUCAAUCCCUUAACAUAGACAACCAAGUUCUUAUCUCCAACCAUCCUCAAACUGUCUCUUCAGUCGAAAGACCAGAAUUAACCGGUCUCAAACGACCUAACUCUGUUAUUAUCGGUAAGAAGAAGAAGAAGAUGCACAAAUCGAAGGGGGACACGACCACUUUGAUCAUGACUGAUCUGGCCAAUUUCCGGGAGAUGGUACAACAGGUCACCGGGGAGAGAUUCGCCGGUAAUUGGCCGGCGGCGGCACCUUUGAAGCCUGAACCGCAGAGAAUGGUUAAUCACGGCUUCAUGCAGCAGGGAUAUCUGCCAACUCUUGAUACGUCCACUUUUCUUCUCAAGAGUACCAAAUACCAUCGAUUGGAAGAAGGAGAUCAGAUUACUGUGUCGCCGCCGUCAGCGACGGUGGCGACGGCGGGACUUUCCUGUUUUCCCACUCUGGAGUCAUGCUCGUGGAAGGUUCUGUAAUCAAAUUCUGCUUACUUUUCUUUUUGUAUUUUCAAUUACGAAAUAAAUUAUAUUUU